AUGGAAGAAUUCAAAUGGGAUGAUACACAUCAAAGGGCAUUUGACCAGAUUAAGAAAUACUUGUCGAGUCCUCCUGUCAUGAUGCCUCCAAGGAAGAAAUGGCCAAUGAAGUUAUAUUUAUCGGCUGCUGAAGAAUCCAUUGGAGCUAUGUUAGCACAAGAAAAUGAAGCAGGAACAAUGAAAUUAAGAGUCUAUAUGAUGCCCAUUUUGGUGAAUAUUGUUUGUCAAACCGAUCUUAUAAAGUAUAUGCUAUCAAGGCCAUUAAUCACAGGCCAGAUUGGCAAGUGGGCUUUGGCAUUAAUGGAAUUCAACUUUGCAUAUGUUCCACAAAAGGUAAUUAAGGGAAGAGCAUUGGCAGAUUUUCUUGCCGAUCAUCCCUCACCUGAAAUUGAGUCACAAGUAUUUGAUGAGCUUGACUCGGCAUCCAUAUUCAUGACUCCAUGGACUUUAAUGUUCGACGGGUUUAGUACCAGUGAAGGCUCGGGAGCUGGUAUAGUGAUAAUAUCCCCAACAGGGAAUCAAAUUUUGUUUUCUUUCUUUUUGGAUUUUAGGUGUUCAAAUAAUCAAGCCGAGUAUGAAGCAUUAAUUAUCGGCUUGGAAAUUCUGUUGGAAAUGACAUUCAAAGAUGUCCACAUUGUGGAAGAUUCGAGUUUAGUGAUUAAUCAAAUCUCAGAAGACUUUAGAUGUUUGAAUUGGAAAUUAAGACCAUUCCAUUCAUUGGCAACCCAAUUAGUUAACCAAUUUCAUAAUGUGACUUUGGAAUACAGACCGAGAGCCAUGAAUAAAAUGGCUAAUGAUUUGGCACAGACUGGUUCUGGAGUUAGGGUGCCGAGUGGUAUGAUGGAAAGAGUAAUGAAGAUUACACGCCGAUCUCUUCUAUCAGCUGAAACAGGAAAUCAAAUUAUGGAAGAAGUCUUUGACAUUGAUGUUGCCGAAUUGGAUGAUGAUGAUUGGCGAAUUCCUUACAUCUUGUUCUUGCAACAUCCAACUCCUGAAGCCGAUCGAAGAAUUAAAAGAAGUGCAGUCGAUUAUAUGUUUAUGUAUGGUGAUCUUUAUAGAAGAUCGGCUGAUAAUGGUUUGUUAUUUCAAUGUAUUAGUAAGUUUGAAGGUUUGAAGAUUAUGGCUGAGGUACAUGAGGGGAUAUGUGGAGCUCACCAAGCUGACAUCAAAAUGAGAUGGUUGAUACGCCGAUAUGGAUAUUAUUGGCCUGGAAUGAGGAACGAUUGCAUGACUUAUGCAAAAAGAUGUAUAGAUUGUCAAAAAUAUGGUCCUAUGCAGUGGGUCCCAGCAAUAGAAAUGCAAUUAUUAGUUAAAUAA